UCCUAUCCCCCGGCAUUCUUCUUUUUUAUCUCAAGGAGAACAUUCGUAUUUGCAUCUGCAAAUAUCCGGAUAUAUCUAUUUUUUCAAAGCAAGAGGCUAUAAAAUUUCGGAAAAAUGUCAAAUUACAAGCCCAAUGACUCAAAGAGGGAGGAAUUUAGAAGGUAUUUGGAGCGUGCUGGUGUCCUGGAUGCCCUGACGAAGGUUCUCGUAAUGUUGUAUGAAGAGCCUGAGAAGCCUGACGACGCUUUGGAAUAUAUUCGUAAACACCUAGGAGGCAUAACAGACGUUACUCUGAAGGUGGAGAGCCUUGAGAAAACACUUGAAGAUGUCAAAGCUGAGAAUAGAGAGCUCAAAACGAAACUAGCCAAAUUGGAGAUCAGUGGUGACGAAUAGACAGAAUAACAAAACCUACAUUCUACGAACAAACCAUUCCGUGCCUAGUCUUCAUUUUAAACACAAACUAUCUAUCCAACUUUGUGCCUUAAUAGUAUGAGAGUAUAAUUAUUUGGAAAAUUUCCCAUGAGAUUCCAAAAUUUAUGAUUAAUGUAGCUCACAGAUAACUCUGCUCACGUCGUUGGCUUAUCAUUGGGAAAUUUAGUAUCCUAAGACAAAAAAUACAGUGUUUAAGUUUAUUAGCAUUAAAAACCUAUAUGAAGCGGCUAAUCAUCAAAUGAUAUAUAAAAUAAAUAAAUUUUCAUAUUAA